GAGAGCACACCACCUUCGUUUCUUUUCUGAAUCAGAAGAACGACUGAGUGCAUUGUGCAGAUACUGAAUCACGAUGCGUCUUAACGCCGUCCUUGCUUCGGCGGUCUGGUCCAGCGCGGUCCUCGUGGGUCAGGUCCGCGCUGAUGCCGUCGCUGAUGCCGCUGAAUCGGCCACCACUUCGUCGAUUGAGAAGCCUACCUUUACUCCCUCCGAGGUCAAAGCUCCUUUCUUUGAGCAAUUCACCGACGACUGGGAGUCCAGAUGGUCUCCCUCGCACGCCAAGAAGGCCGACGACAAGGCAACUGAGGAGGAGUGGGCUUACGUUGGUACUUGGGCGGUCGAGGAGCCUCAUGUGCUCAAAGGCAUUGAGGGUGACAAGGGUCUCGUCGUCAAGAACCCGGCUGCUCACCAUGCCAUCUCCGCCAAGUUCGACAAGGCCCUGAACAACAAGGGAAAGACUCUUGUCGUUCAGUAUGAGGUCAAGCUCCAAAAUGGUCUGGAGUGCGGUGGUGCCUACAUGAAGCUUCUCAAGGACAACAAGGCGCUUCACGCCGAGGAGUUCUCCAACGCCUCUCCCUACGUGAUCAUGUUCGGUCCCGACAAGUGCGGUUCCACCAACAAGGUUCACUUCAUCUUCAAGCACAAGAACCCCAAGACUGGUGAAUACGAGGAGAAGCACCUCAAGUCGCCGCCCAUUCCUCGUAACACCAAGCUCACCGCUUUGUAUACUCUUAUUGUCAAGCCGGACCAGACCUUUGAGAUCCGGGUUGACGGCGAGUCGGUCAAGACUGGCAGCCUCUUGGAGGACUUCAGCCCCUCGGUCAACCCUGAGAAGGAGAUUGACGACCCCAAGGACAAGAAGCCUGCCGACUGGGUUGAUGAGGCCCGCAUUGCUGACCCCGAGGCCACCAAGCCCGAGGACUGGGAUGAGGAAGCGCCUUUUGAGAUUGUCGACGAGGAAGCUACCAAGCCCGAGGACUGGCUCGAGGAUGAGCCUGCCUUCGUUCCUGACCCUGAGGCUGAGAAGCCCGAGGACUGGGAUGAUGAGGAAGACGGUGACUGGGUUCCUCCUACCGUGCCCAACCCCAAGUGUGACGAAGUCUCUGGCUGCGGCAAGUGGACUCCUCCCUUGAAGAAGAACCCGGCCUUCAAGGGCAAGUGGACCGCGCCGUUCAUCGACAACCCCGCCUACAAGGGCGUGUGGAAGCCUCGCAAGAUUGCCAACCCCGACUACUUUGAGGACAAGACUCCUUCUAACUUUGAGCCCAUUGGUGCUAUUGGUUUCGAGAUCUGGACCAUGCAAAACGACAUUCUCUUUGACAACAUCUACGUUGGUCACUCGAUUGAGGACGCUGAGAAGCUUCAAAAGGAGACUUUUGACGUCAAAUACGCCGUCGAGAAGGCUGAGGAUGAGGCUACCCGGCCCAAGCCCUCUGAGAAGCCCAAGUCUCCCAUGGACCUCAAGUUCGCUGAUGACCCGAUCCACUACAUUCGCGAGAAGUUUGACCUCUUUUUGGCCAUUGCCAAGACCGACCCUAUUGAGGCUAUUCGCUUCGUUCCUGAGAUUGCUGGUGGUAUUGGUGUCAUCGCCGUCACCAUUUUCUCCAUCUUGGUUGGCGCCAUCUUCUCUGGCGGCAGCGCCGCGGCCCCACAGGCCAAGGCGGCUGCCACCAAGGCCAAGGAGACUGCUCAGGAUGCCAAGGCAAAGACUGCCGAGGCCGUGAGCACUGGCACCGAGAAGUCGGAGACUGAGGUGAACAAGCGCACCACGCGCUCUUCGGCUGCUGCGUCGGAGUAGAUGUACAGCAUUUUAUAUAGGAGGGGCAUUAGAUGCAUGGUCUACCUCUUGGAGGUGAUGGACCCGGAAGCGGAAGAAGGAAAGAAUGAAUUUUGGUCAUGAUAUCUCUGAGCGCUCUUCCCACAGGCGGAGGCAGCAUCCCUUUUUCUGUACAACUGCUGUAAACCUUUUAUUGAGUUUCUCUCGGGAAAAAAAAAAUUUACGCAUUCUUUUUCUAAUCAAUGAAAUGCCAAUUAUGCCGUGAAUGGAGAGCUACACAUGUGCAUUUCUCAAUUAUUCUUAUUUUUUGGGAUUUUUUAAUA